GGCUCCCUGCCUCAGGCCAGUAGACAGUUGUCCCCCAUGCAGUCAGCUCAGAGUCUGUCCAAAGCUAUCAGGGACAUGCAAUACUUCUAUGGACUGGAGGUGACUGGAGAGAUGGACCCUGCCACUGUCAUGGCCAUGCGCCGACCUCGCUGUGGCAUCCCAGACAGAAAAGCAGAGGAACUGGGCGAUGGAGUGAGGAAGAAACGCUUUAUACUCACUGGGCAGCAGUGGGACAAAGACCACAUCACUUACAGUAUAAUGAACCAGCUCAUCCCGUCCUCGCUGGGAGAAGGGAGAGUGUAUGAUGCCAUCCGCAAGGCCUUUGAUGUGUGGUCACGGGUCACACCACUCACCUUUGAGGAGCUGCCUUCUGAAAACAGCAUCAACAGCAGCCAGGCAGAUCUCGCUGACAUCCUGCUGUUGUUUGCCUCUGGUUACCAUGGUGAUAUGUCCUUGUUUGAUGGAGAGGGGGGGUCACUGGCGCAUGCCUAUUAUCCUGGACCAGGAAUUGGUGGGGAUACACACUUUGAUGCUGAUGAGCCCUGGACACUUGACAACCAAGAAGGUAUAGACCUCUUCCUGGUUACGGUCCAUGAACUUGGUCAUGCUCUGGGUCUGGAGCACUCAAACAACCCUAGUGCUGUAAUGGCUCCUUUUUACCAGUGGAUUCACACACAGAACUUCUCACUGCAUGAGGAUGACAUCAGAGGAAUACAGUACAUAUAUGGCCCUCCUGUCAUCACUGAUGCUCCACCCAGUACUCCUCCCAUCCCCAACAACAAACCCAAGAGCGACUCCCCCACCUCCCCUUCUCCUCCUGAAGAUGAAUGCACAUCCACAUCUCCCACCCAGGCCCUACCCAAUCCACCUAACCCGACUGACAACAGCCCAAAUCCCCCGGCCCAAUCAGAACCCACCCCCAACUCUACCGUAAGUCCCGUCAUCCCCACCUCCACCCCUACCAACACCCAGCCUGAGCCAGACCCUGUCACCCCACCGGUUAGAAAAGAUGUCCCCACUCCUCCUCCUCGGCCCCCUGCUCCUCCACGGCCUCCCAAGGUGCCGGACAACCAGGCCCCUGACAUCUGUGAUGGGGACUUUGACACGGUGACCGUGCUGAGAGGGGAGAUGUUUGUUUUCAAGGGUCGCUGGUUCUGGAGGGUGCGGAGGAACCGGGUCUUGGAUAACUACCCCAUGGCAAUUUCUGUUUUUUGGAUCGGUCUGCCCAGUGACAUUGAUGCUGCAUAUGAACGCCAUGAUGGCAAAUUUGUCUUCUUUAAAGAUGAUAGAUACUGGGUGUUCAGGGAAGCUGAUGUACUGCCAGGAUACCCACAACCCUUAUAUGAGUAUGGACAAGGAGUUCCUACACACAAAAUCGACACAGCAAUCUGGUGGGAGCCCAAUGGAUAUACAUACUUUUUCACAAGAGACAGGUACUGGCAAUUCAAUGAGGAGACCCGGACUACAGACCGUGACUUCCCCAAGCCAAUCAGCAGAUGGGGCAGCAUCCCUCCCUCACCCAGAGGAGCCUUCCUCAGUGAUGAUGGCGCUUACACCUAUUUUUACAAAGGCACUAGUUACUGGAGGUUUGACAACCACAAGACAGAAGCAGACGAGGGCUACCCUCGCUCUAUUCUAAAGGAUUUCAUGGGCUGCGUGGGAGUCCGGGAUACGGACAAUGAGCAGGAGCCAAAAGACAACCCAGUGAACCCUUCAGACCGAGGCAAAGAAGAGCACAAAGAGCCAGAAAGGGGUCAAGACAAAGCCACAAACCCAGAUGAAGAUCAGAGCUCUAAGCCUGAUGGUGCCCAGGUGGAGGACAAAGACGUGAAUGUGGUUGUGACGGUGGCAGAUAAUGAAUCAAAGGUCAUGACCCUAAUCAUGGUGACUGUUCCCCUGGUACUCAUCCUGUGCAUCCUCAUCCUAAUCUACACCAUCCUCAGGACUCUGCAGAACAAAGAGGCGCCAAGGAUCUUGACGCACUGCAAGCGUUCACUGCAGGACUGGGUAUAAAGCACAGAAUCAGAACAGCUUCCAGCGGGUGUCCAUCAUUUGUCUGGUUCAGACAUUAGCAUCUUGUGGUGCAGUAGAAAGAAGCUUUGACACAGUACUAAUGUCAACAAAAGCUGAGAAUGAGUCACCUUUUUGAGCCCCAUUUGCUGUGAGAACUUUUACUCCUCAUGCAAAGUAAUCUUAAUGUGGUAAAGUUGGAAUGCAUUAUUAAGUCUUUAUUUUGAUCAAGACACUUCAAACAAAUGUUGACAUUUUCUUUACGGUGAGAAUUUGCACUUUUGAUUCUGUUUUUGUUGUUUUUGUUUUGCUGAGGUUGCUUCUCUGCAGAUGUGUGUGGCUUUGUGCAGUGCACAAUUCUGUGCUUAUUAAAAACACACCAUUAAGAGAAGCUUCAGCCAGCACAGGAAUGUCAGACAGCUGUGUGACGGCCUGUCUCCCACUGAGCCUGUUAUGUCUGCCCUCUCUUACACACACAUACUGUAUAUCACCAUCACAUGAUCUAGAAAAAAACCCUAGCUGCACUCAUUUGUGCAUGUAUGUCCACAUACACAGACACAUAGAGAGACCACUUGCCCAAACAAAGGCACCGCAGCCUCGAUAACAGUUCACACACUGCACCACUGCAAACACAAUCCCAGCGGAGACAUAUUGAUAUAAAACUGGUGCCAGGGUUGCAAUAUAAUCAUUUUUAAUGAUUGAAGCUGAAAGAUAUUAUGUUUUGAAAAUUUCAACCAUCUCAACUCAACCUGUGAAGAGCAACGACAUAGUAGUAGUGUCUUUGUUUUUUCAUCUUUUUUCAUGUUAAAGCUAAAUAGAAUAUAAAGUAAUAAUACGUACAAGGGAGAAGCCUGCAGUAUAGAAAAGAAUGGGUCAGGAUCUGGUUUCCAUUAAACCCACAUGUUUAGUAGUGUCAGGCAUGGGGGGAAUUGGGAAAAAUGCAAAAAGGAGGAGGUACGAAAAUAGUGGGGAGUUGAGAAGGAAAUGAGAGCAGAUGAGAUGAAGAGGAAAAGAAAGAAGCUGGGGGAGGCAGAGCCUGAGGAGGGGAGAGGGCUCUGCCAGCAUUUCCUUUCCAGUAUUCUGUGGUGAAGGAGGAAGGUUUAAAGGAUUUCUGGGAGGGCCAGCGCUGGUGUUGCACCCUCUGACCUAGAUCAGGUCACUGAGUCCACUCCUCCUCUUUAAACUUUUUGUUUUUAAUCGUACUUUUAUCAGAACCUGAGUGGACUUCUUCUAUCAGCUCUCUCCCUCCCCUAACCUUUUCACUUUACUUUUUCCUGUUGUUUUUUUUUUUAUUCUGGGCCUAUUGCUUUGUUUCAGUGCUGUAACUCACCCCACUUCUUUUGCUCUCCACUUUUCUGGAAAACCUUAUAAAAUGUAAUUAAACAGCAUUGUUCCAACAGAUAUUUCCUAAUGGUGUUUGGAUGAUGGUGGUGGAGAUGCUUUCUAACACGUCACUCCAACAUCUCUCGUAAGUGUUCCACUGGGUUGAGAUCUGGUGGCUGUGAAGGCCACAGCAUAUGAUUCAUGUCACUUUCAUGUUCAAACCAUUCAGUGAUGGGGGCACUUUUAUCCAGGGUUUUCCUGAAUAAAAGCUGCUGUGCUGUAAAGUAUGUAGCCACAGACAUUUACAGAAGCAUAUAUUUUGAAAAUCAGGCACGUUUUGGGGCGCUUAUGUGAUCUUAAUUUACAAUUGUGCUUUUAUUUUGAAAUUCUGGCAUAUUUGGGGGAUUUAAUGUAAUCUUAAUGGGCAAGCUGGGCUUUUAUUUUGAAAAUCCGUCACAUUUUGGAGCCUCCAGGUGAGCUGAAGUUACAAUCUGGAGCUUAUAUUUUAAAAAUCUGAAAUGUUAUUGGGCCCUCAUGUGGUGUAAUUUGUAAUCACAGGCUUUUAUUGUGAAAAUCCAGCAUAUUUUGGGGCCUUUAUAUGAGUUUAAGUUGCAUUCAGGGGCUUUUAUUUUGAAAUUCUGGCGAGCUUUUGGGCCUUUAUUUAAACAGUAUGCAAUCAGACUUUUAUUUUGAAAAUUUGGCAUAUUUUCGGGACUUCUUUUGAACUCUUAUUUUGAAGGCAGACCAACCUGUGUUUGUGUGUUUGCGUGUGUGUGUGUGUGUUGGUGUGUCACUGCGCCACUGUGUGUGCUACUGCAUGUCACUGUAUUGCUUUGAUUGUACAGUUUAUGUUUGGCUUUUAUUUUGUGUG